UGCCCACGGUCUUGCCAGAUGACUCGGUGCCCGCGGUCUUGCCAGAUGACUCGGUGCCCGCUGUCGUGCCAGAUGACUCAGUGCCCGCUGUCGAGCUUGGUGACCCGGUGCCCACGGUUCUGCCAGAUGACUCGGUGCCCGCUGUCGUGCCAGAUGACUCAGUGCCCGCUGUCGAGCUUGGUGACCCGGUGCCCGCGGUUCUGCCAGAUGACUCGGAGCCCGCUGUCGUGCCAGAUGACUCGGUGCCCGCCGCUGUCGUGCCAGAUGACUCGGUGCCCGCUGACGUGCCUCUGUCCGCUGCCCAGCCUGACGUGCCUCUGUCCGCUGCCCUGCCUGACGUGCCUCCGUCCGCUGCCCAGCCUGACGUGCCUCCGCCCGCUGCCCAGCUAAACUGGCCAAUAACUGAUUCCCAGCCUGCUCCUGGAAAUCCUGUGUCCAGCGACCUUCCUUCCUGGGUUCCCCUACAUAAAGAGAAGUCUGCUAGCAGGAAACCCAGCCAGCCGGUUGACUCCGGCAGUAAGAUAUCCUGCCAGUUACCUGACCCGGGCGGUGGAACAUUUUGCCCACUAAGGACUGUUUGGAGCGUCCUGAGGCCGCUCCUUGAGGGGGGGGUACUGUCAGGAAUGGACUCAGCACUGGUGGUGGGACUCACCUGCUGUGUGGGCUGCAGUACUAGGGCUGACCAGCGGGUGCUCUCAGCAGCCAGAAGCUCACUCCGGCAAUCAGCCAACACCUGGGCUGAUUGCAGGAGGUGUAUUUAAGGAAUGACCAGGUCUGUGAUCUGGGCCUUGGUGUUUGUUUCCCA